AAAAGGGGGCUCUUUAGUUUACUCAUAGUUAAACACAUGCAAGAAGAGCCUCAUGUAUUCUCGCUUCCUUUUUCUCUUUGCUUUGAGCUUCUUCUACAUUCUUUCAACAGAUACAAUAUAUGUAACAAGAGCUCAAACAUCCCCCAUGACUGCCAUUGGGGUGAACCUAAGUUUUCAAGAGAAUCAUGUGGUAUUGAGUAAUGGCAUAGUCCAAAUCAUUCUAUCAAAUCCAGAGGGACAUCUCACGAGCAUACAAUAUAAUGGAAUUGACAAUCUGCUAGAAGUAAGGAAUGACGAAACUGGUCGAGGGUAUUGGGACCUUGUUUGGAGUCCACCUGGAAGUCCUGGCACGACUGGUACUUCCGAAAGGAUUGUAGGAACAAGUUGUGAAGUUAUAGUAGAAACAGAGGAUCAAGUUGAAAUCUCAUUUUCAAGAACAUGGGAUUCCUCCCAGGAGGGAAAGCAUGCCCCAUUGAAGAUAGACAAAAGGUUUGUUUUGCUUCGUGGUUCUGCGGGCUUCUACUCAUAUGCAAUUUACGAGCAUUUGGAGGGAUGGCCUGGUUUCAAUCUUCCCGAAACCAGAAUAGUGUUCAAGCUUCGGAAAGACAAGUUUCACUAUAUGGCCAUGUCUGAUGACAGACAAAGGUAUAUGCCUUUGCCCGAUGAUCGGUCACCCAAAAGAGGAAAACCAUUGUCUUUUCCUGAGGCGGUACAUCUUCUUAACCCAGUGGAACCUGAGUUCAAAGGAGAGGUAGACGAUAAAUAUCAAUAUUCGUGUGAAACCAAGGAUCUAAAGGUCCAUGGAUGGAUAUCUACGGAGCCCCUUGUUGGGUUUUGGCAGAUAACGCCAAGUAAUGAGUUUCGAACUGGUGGACCCCGAAAACAAGAGCUUACUUCACAUGUUGGACCCGUAAAUCUUGCUAUGUUUGUAAGUGCUCACUAUGGGGGAAGCGAUUUAGUUAUCAAGUUCGAGGAAGGUGAGAUGUGGAAGAAAGUUUUUGGUCCGGUUUUCAUGUAUGUAAAUUCGAACUCUACUGGAGAAGAUCCUCAUAUGCUUUGGAAAGAUGCCAAGAAUCGGAUGUUAAAGGAAGUUGAAAAAUGGCCUUACAGUUUUCCAGCUUCAACAGAUUUCCAGAAAGCUCAUCAAAGGGGUAAAAUAAGUGGUAGAUUAAUGGUAUACGAUAGGUUCAUAACUGACAAACACACACCAGCAAAUGGUGCUUACAUUGGACUAGCUCCACCAGGAGACCUCGGAUCAUGGCAACGUGAAAAUAAGGGUUAUCAAUUUUGGACUAAUACGAAUGAUGAAGGAGACUUUUCGAUUAAAAAUAUACUGGCUGGCACAUAUAAUGUGUAUGCUUGGGUCCAUGGAUACAUUGGCGACUACAAAAACGUUAGCGCCAUCACCAUCACACCAGGUUGUGACAUCAGACUUGGUGAUCUUGUUUUCGAGCCCCCAAGAGAGGGUCCAACGUUAUGGGAGAUUGGCAUACCUGAUCGAUCUGCAGCUGAAUUCUACAUUCCUGAAUCUGACCCAAUGUAUACAAACCAAUUUCUUGACAAUGAUCUUAACAGGUUUAGGCAAUACGGAUUAUGGGAAAGAUACCCAAAGUUAUAUCCUGAUAGUGAUUUGGUUUUCACGGUUGGUCAAAGUGAUUACAAAAAAGAUUGGUUCUUUGCACAUGUAAACAGGCAGAAAUUUGACGUUAUGUACGACAAAACAAUAUGGACUAUCAAGUUCAAGCUUCACGAAAUGAUCAAGAAUGGAACUUAUACACUGAGAUUGGCUCUAGCAUCAGCACAAUUUUCCGAUUUGCAGGUUCGAGUUAACAACCAAAAUACGGAUGUGCCGCUAUUUUCAACUGGAGUAAUUGGUGGUGACAAUGCAGUUUCAAGGCAUGGAAUACAUGGAUUGUACUGGUUAUAUAACAUAGCUGUAUCGUCAAAGUUUCUAAAGACCGGGCAGAAUGCCAUUUAUUUGACAAGAAUCAACGAAGGAAUCUUGUUUCCCGGAGGGAUAAUGUACGACUACAUUCGUUUAGAAGGACCCCUUCCUAAAUGAGAAAAAGAAGUCCCUGUGAUUA